CGAUCUACAUUGCGUCCACUGCUGUUGUCGCACAAGAUCAGAGAAAAUGGCCCCCAUCAAAAGCUCGGCGAAAACGAGUUCAAAGAAACCCGGUAAACAUGUUGGCGAUUCGAAAAGCCGAGUAUCAAAGUCGAAGCCAUCCAAGGCACCGCCAGCCAAAGAGCAGAAGAGCAAGCCUCUCCAAGCUCACAAGAAAAAGCGCAAGGAGUAUUCGGAAGCGGAAUUGGGCAUUCCAAAAUUGAACAUGAUUACGCCAGUCGGUGUCCAGAAGCCAAAGGGGAAGAAGAAAGGAAAAGUCUUUGUUGAUGAUCAGGAGAGUAUGAUGACAAUCCUUGCAAUGGUCAAUGCCGACAAAGAAGGCCAGAUUGAAUCUAAGAUGAUGAAGGCGAGACAAGUGGAAGAAAUAAGAGAGGCAAGGAAGAGAGAGGCGGAAGCCCGGCAUGAGCAGAAGAAUUCGAAGCUUGAGGCGACUAAAGAUGCGCUGAGAAAGAAGCGCAAGCGGAGAACCGAUGGCCAAAAUGAGGGAGAGAAGACUUCUGAGAGACAAGAAGAUUCUAAACGCACCAAGCCCGCAAAGAAGCGGGUCUCAUUCGCUUGAAAAGAAAAAAGAAAAAAGCGUGGCUGGUCUUAUGGGUCUAUUGUAUAUGCCUAUCUAUAUUGUUGGGUCAACGCGAUGCAUCUUCCGGCGUACAGGUUCGAAACAGAGUCCCUUUGGCGGAUUAUAGGAGUUUAGAUGGAUAUCACGGAAAGAAUUGGAGAGGGCCUCCAGGUCAAUAUCCUCCGCGAGUGUCUUCAAGAAA